AUGUCUAGUGGUAAACAAUAUCUAGGUUACGAGGUUCUACGUUCUUACUUCAAGGAGCGUGAUACAUGGUCAUUUCGCGAGUUUCUAGUUCUGAAUCGUGAUGAUAUAAUAAAAGUUCCUCCUGACGUUGGUGAGUGGUUUGGCCUUGAAGCAGCCUGGAAGACUCGAUAUCUGAGUGCUAUUAAGGAUUUGAUUCCCGAUAAUUACGAAGCAUUGAAAAAAAAGGUUAUGUCUGCAGUCUACAUUACGCAAUCUCUCGAUUUGAGUCAAAGCUACAAAAGGGAGCUUCUAACCAAUGCUCGGUUGCUUAACGAUGAGUGUUCUGAUAAAAAAUUAAUGAUGUAUUGGGAAGAUAUCCUCUGUGUUAAAAACGAAUUGUUGGUGAAAACAAUUCACAAAAGAGGAGCUCUGAAUAUUCUUGGUGAAACAGGAAGAUACUAUUCUAAAAAAUUGGCUUUUGACAUAGAAGAUGAAUCUACCACAAUAACACCGCCUGGAUCCAGUUCACCAGAUAGGAUACAAGAUACAGAAAAGGAACAGCUAGUGCAUUCUAUUCCAAGGACCCGUAAACGGAAAUCAGAAAAUUUACCAGAAAAUAAUGAGAAUUUUAAGAUGCGUCUCCUUGGAUUUCAAUCUGAAAGCGAGUUCGAGGAUGAUAGCGGUGAAGAAUCUGAGAAUUCAGAGGAAGAUGUUAUCGACACAAUUUCAUUCGAUCAAUGGACAGAAUCAAGUGCAAACAAAGACAGAGAAAGAUGGAGGUUGAAGAAUGGUGAAAGGGUCAGAGAUGUUCUUGACCUUAUGACAUCAAAAACCGUUGAACGAGCCAAGGAACUACAAUUAAAAGGGAAAAAACUAGAUGCAUCUAUUUUGAGCACCAUCUGGCUCGGGCUUUCCUCAAUUGUUGAUCUUUCUUCGGAAUUUCCAGGUGGCAUGUAUUCGUGGUUUGGCGAGGGAUGGUCAGAACUUAAAGCAAAGGUACUGGCAAAGAUAAACAUCAAGCCGAAGAAGUUCGAUGACGUAAUCAAAGGUGAUAUCGACAAAAUAGAGGAACUUUGUGGUGAAUAUAAAUACUGGGAAGCGAGGGAUUUUGUGUAUGAAAGAUUAAAGGGACGGCCAGAUCAAACCGGAAUUUUACAACGUCAAGUCAUGAAAAUUUAUUUUUUCAUUAUAGAAAUGUUUCUGGCAGAUCCCAAUGUUUUUGUAGACAGGGAAGGGAAUAAACAGAAUUUGACAGAAAUCGAAUUUGUGCUUAAAGUCGCAGGUCCAAUAUUAGAUAUAAUAUUCUCCGAUGUUCAACAUCUCGUUGAGCUCAAAUGGGGCGAAACAGUUUCGAAAGCAACAGCAGUUUGUAGAAAAAUCGAUUUAAAAAUUACAUGUCGAGGGAAAAAUCAAGGAAAAAAUGUGGAACUCAGUCAUUCAGAAUGCGCUCGUAGAACCACUCCUGCCAAGAUUAUUAAUGAUCGCAGUAAAUGCUUGAGAGCUAACAAAUCUGUUCUCGAUCAAUAUCUUUCACAUGAUCUAUCUUAUGAAGUAAUUGAAAAUUCUGUAACCAUUGGGUUGCAAUUGGAAGCUUUAUAUGGACAAGUAAUUGGUGUUGACUUAUUAGACGACGGAUUGUAUUUCGGGUUUGAGGGACCAUCAUUAAGAUUUCCUACUCAAAUUAGUGAUAUUGCUGUUCUGAAACAAGCUUUGGAAGCGUUAUAUUUCUUUAAGGAAAAUGUUGUUUGCAAAGCAGAAACGCUAUCGCGUCUUUGGUAA